AUGCCAUUUGCACAUGUCUUCUUCGAUGCUGCGAUUGCUAUUCUUAUAGUGGCCUGUGCAGUGAGCGCUCUACCAAUGCAUUCGAAGAAAUCAGCACACGAUCUGCAAGGGUUCGCGUCAGCAUUGAACGGAGCCGGAAGGUUACGAUAUGGCAAACGAUCUUACGAUCCAAGGCUCUAUCCUGAAUUUUUUCCAGCUUUAGAUGACACUGGAAGAUUGACCAUUAGCCGUUUGGGCUCUGAUGAAGAUAUGGAAGAUCCGCUACUGUAA